GUUUGUGUGUGUGUGUGUGUGUGUGUGUGUGAUAACGACCGACCGACCGACCGACAGACACAGUUUGUUCUAUUCGUGUUCGACGCGCGCGAUGCGUCCGAUCUCGUUCGCCGCCGUCUGAAUUCGAUCGCGUUUCUUUCCUGAUAACUUUUCUUCUUUUUUUUUUUUGCAUUUUUUUUUUUUUUACUUAUUUUCCGCGAAUCUCGCGCCCCCGCACGAUCUCGCUACACUCAAGCGGCGUCUGUCUUUCGAAUAAAAAAAAUCAUAUUUAUAUAUCGGCUUUUGUUUUUUUUUUCGCAAAAGAAAAAACAACAACAACAACAACAACAACAACAACGACUACGACUACGACAACAACAACAAUAAUAAUAAAAACUCUAUAGUAAAGACCACACAGCUUUUGGCCCCGCAUGCCGCAACAUGUCCUACCGCUCGCUGGCCGCCGACCGCGUGUACAAAGCGACUACGGACGACCUGCAGCCGGAGCGGAAGAACUCUGUCGGUACCGUUUUUAAAAAGGCUUUCGGCACGCUAAGCUCCAGCCCCCGGCGCAGGCUGUCCGAACCGCUUAUGUCCGGCGUGCCCGUAAUCGGCACCGGAAACAUCAACACACCGCUCAGAAAAAUGCCCACCUCAGCCAUAUCCGAAGAAGCGUCGCUGCUCAGUGGCAUGCGAUCGGAGACUUUGGAGGAAGUGGAACUUACCGGCGUCCGUCCGUCGCUACCCGCCGUUCGAACGUUUACCAGGGGAAACACCGGCGUGGAAGAGGUGUACGUUGACACCGACAAUGGGCCCGUGUGCGUGGCCGUGCAGGGCGAUCGGUCCAGACAAGCGAUACUCACUUACCACGACUUAGGACUGAACUACGUAACGAGUUUUCAGACAUUCUUCAAUUACACUGAAAUGCGCACCCUUAUGUCAAAUUUCUGCGUAUACCACGUGAAUGCACCCGGACAGGAAGAAGGAGCAGCACCGUUAUCGGAUGAUUAUGUUUAUCCUAGUAUAGACGAUUUAGCAAAUCAGUUAGAACAUGUUUUAAGAUACUUCGGUUUGCAAUCAAUCGUUGGACUUGGAGUGGGAGCUGGUGGAAAUAUUUUGGCGCGGUUCGCUUACAGACAACCGACAAAGGUCGAAGCUCUGUGUCUGAUCAACGUGGUGUCAACGCCAGCCGGUUGGAUCGAGUAUGGUUAUCAAAAGCUGAAUAGCAGAUACUUGAAAUCCAAAGGCAUGACACAAGGGGUGAUGGACUACUUGAUGUGGCACCAUUUUGGAAAAGGAACGGAAGAGAGGAACCACGAUCUGGCCAGAGUGUACCGCGAGUACUUCGAGCACAGCGUUCACCCGGGCAAUCUAGCUGCGUUCAUCGACUCGUACGUGAGACGGACGGACCUGGGCAUCAGCAGGAGCACGCCAACGUCGGAGUCGUGCCCGGCAGGACGUCGGCUCAGCAUGUCCACCACGUUGCAGAUGCCCAUCAUCAACGUGUGCGGAGCUCUAUCGCCGCACCAAGAGGACACGGUGACGCUCAACUCGAGACUGGACCCGACCAAGUCGUCGUGGAUGAAGAUAUCCGACUGUAGCAUGGUGCUGGAAGAGGUACCACAAAAAAUGUGUGAAGCGUUGCGGCUUUUCUUGCAAGGACUCGGUUACGCUGUGAGACUCGGCCGGCCACCGUUGACCGUAUCCAGAUCGGCUGAAGUGAUAUCAAAAUCCAUAAGACAGUCCGCGUCCAAAGACAGCGUGCGCAGCUCGCCGUGGCCGUUCAGAAUCACCGAAAACCCGCUGACGGCAUGAUGACAUAACGCGUGUAAUGCGAUUAUGUUAUUAGCGUGCGCAGGUCGUUUGGCGACGAGAGGCGGGGAGGUUGGUGCUAUAGCAACAGUUUUACAAUAAUAAUAUUAUAGGUAUACGCAUAUAUAUAUAUAACAUUUAUAGACACACUCGUGCAGUUUUGGCGGUCUGAAGUUUCCGAAAAAAUAAAAUGCCCCUGAACCGUGGUUAACCUAACCCCGAUUAGUCGAAAAGGGACGAAUAUACUUGUUAAUUUAUAUAAUAAAUAUAUACCCAACGGUCUGGCUAGUUCAUGUUUUUUGUAGACGAUUUUACAUAUAUAUAAUAUGUAUGUAUAUAUAUAUAUUCGUAGACCUAUAUGUAUUAUGAUAAUAAACAGUUAUAUAUGUAUAUGUAAUGACGUUAGGGAUAUUGAGACUCAUAUCAUCAAAAAAAAGCUUCAGACGUAGUUUUUUGCUAAACGGAGAAAAAAAAACUCCGUAUGUAUUGUUAUGUAUAGGUACGCCUAAAAAUUAAAUUAUUAAAUUAAUAUAUUAUUAAUUAUUAUUAUUAUAUGAUAUGAUUAUAUUAUAAUCGUUAACGAAUAAUAAAAACGACGAGAUAAACGAGUUAGUUUUAAUAGACUGCACAAACACCUGCGCUUUUUUAUUGUUUGUUUUUGUUGUUUUUUUUUUUUUUUUUAUAUAUAUUUUACGUUGUUGAUUAUUGAUGUUAAUAGUUUGUUAAGUGUUGCUGUUAUUUAAUCAAAUAUAUUGUACACGCCGUGGAUUUUAUAUACCGUUCUGUAUGAUAAAAAGAUGGAUUGUGAUAAGUAACAAUAUAUAUAACAAUGAAAUUUAUAAUUAUACAUAUAUUUGUAAUUUUAA